GGUAAACUUUCGUCUGCUUGAGCAUAAUUUCUAAAUAAAAUACGGAGUAUUUGGAUUGCAAUUUACAAAGGGGUUGACGACGAAAUAGAAUUGGAAAAAGUUUGGGAUAAUUAAAAUUAGGAAACACUAAAUAAAAUGGGAUUCGAGUAAACCAAUCUUAAUACCUCUCUAUAUAAUACAGCAUCCAUGUGGCCAAUACUUCAUAAACUGCAAAUAAUUCAGAAUGGCUACCGCUACAGCUACCACGAGAGCUUCUCCGCUUCCUAACGCCUCCGCACUCCGCAUAACCCGUGCGCCGCCCCUCUCGGCCGCCGCUGCCCCAUAUUUCCCGGCCGGAUGGAGGUCUGGGAUUGAGAGAGCUUAUGCCCCACGGGAUAGGAGGCCACAAUUGCCCCCGCCGCGCCGCCAACGUCAGUAUGAUUUGUUUGUGGACGGCGUCCUGGUUUCCUCCGGCUUUGUGGAUCCGCCAUCUUUCCCGGCCGCCGUUUCCCCAUCAAGAACGAAUAGAGCGCCUGAAGCUUGUCGCGUGUGUUUGGACGACGUAAUUCCCCACAAUAUCGAAGCUAAAUGCAUUGUCAAAUGGCUGCAGAGAAAUAGGUGUCCUUUUUGCAGGACAGCACCCAUAAUUGAUUGAAACAAAAAAAAGUCGAUUGUGUUAGGAGAUUUUUAAUUAUUUGUGGAUUUUUUUUAAAUAUCUCCUCUCUAAAUCUUCUACGGCUAUUUAGAACUUUGUAGUUUUGAUAAGAUUGGUACUUGUAACAAUUUUAGACAAUCAAUUUAUAUGUAGUAAUUUUUUUUACUAUGA